CUUCCUCCCAAAAUGAUUCCUCGUGCCCCACCGUCCACCCAGCUUUUCUCAGCGAAGACUGCCGUGAACCAACGGUCCCAGACUUUCAAAGCAUUUUAUGCUACAAUACGAAGCCUCAGGCAGCCUCCACCUGAACCUCCAGAGUCACCGCAAGCGGCCGAUAAUGACUUCAUCCUUUCUAUCCUAAAGGCGAACCCGUCGCUGCGGGAUACCCGCUCCUACUUGGCUUCAUUCGGCGUCCAGCCUCAGCGACCCAAAACAUUAGAAGACAAAAAGCUUCCCGAGAUCGUUAUUCCACCCCCACCAGCCCCGAAGCUCACAGCGUCCUCUACCAAAGUCGUCAAGGAGGAGAAGCACGCUCCUAGCCCAGUCAUUAACUCUAUCCUCAACCCUAUCUAUAGACGGACUGCUUUGGUCAAGAUACAGGGCCCUUUCACCGAUGUCCAGCUGGACAGCAUCACCCGUGGUCUUGUCUACCUCGAAAAGCUUGGCAUGGUCAGCGUCAUCGUCGUCGAAAGCGAUGGCGUUCCCAAAGGCGAACAAGAGGAGCGCAAGCUUCUCAUUGACGAGAUUAUGCGUGUCGUCACUAGUCUCGAGAAGCAAGGUGCCCAUGCCCGUCCCAUCGUCGGGGCUGUCGUGCGUCUUGGGCCCAAGCCGGGGUCCGAAGAGGAGAGCGAGCCAGGGUUCUCUCCUCCUGAAACCCACAUAUAUCCCUCUGAUCUCACCCCCAUCCGAUCUUCGCUUCGCGCAGGGGAAAUCCCUGUCCUUGCUCCCUUUGCCCUCGACUCUCGCUGCCGGUCCGUUCGAGUGGAUGCCAACGAUGCCAUUGCUGGGCUGGCCUGUGGAAUGGUGGAAGCUGCAUCCGAAAACCCUUCACCAGCUGCCCACGAGGAUGGGUCCUCGGAUUCCGAUGCUAUUGACCUCACACCCCUUCGCCUCAUGAUCAUCAAUCAACGAGGCGGCGUUCCUUCGUACGCACGCUCAGGAUACCCCCACCUUUUGAUCAACCUGCAGCAAGAAUACGACCACAUCCUGCAGACCUUCGACCCUCGUUGGAAGGACUCCCACCCACAUGCUCUUUCAGACCUCGCCCUCGCCCGUACAUGUCUCCGUUACAUGCCUCCAACUUCUUCAGCUAUCAUGGUCUCCCACAAGUCACCGAGCUCACUAAUCGGCAACCUCAUCACGAACAAGCCAGCAGUUAGCUCUUCCCUUCCUCACGCGCUUCUCCAAGGCAAUCUCCGUCUCACACCUCACACCCCUACCCUUUUGCGACGGGGACUCCCCAUUCGCGUUGUUCGGUCGGUAUCCGAUAUCGACAAAGAAAAGAUGACAGCAUUACUCGAACAGUCCUUUGGACGCGUCCUCGAUCAAGAAGCCUUCUACGGGCGUCUCGAGAAGACUCUGGACUUUGUCAUCAUUGCGGGUGAUUACGAUGGUACUGCCAUCGUGACAAACGAAGUAUGCCCUGGGUCCUCACAACCAAUCUCGUACCUCGACAAAUUUGCGGUUCUUCCGAGCCAUCAGGGCGAUGGAACGGUCGACUUCCUUUGGGUCGCGUUGCAUGACGAAUCAUAUGGCCUCGGACAUCCAUUCUCAGCUAACCCUAACGGAGGAAAGGGAGGCAAGGGAGAAGGUCGCGAUCUGGUCUGGCGCAGUCGUUCCAACAACCCUGUGAACAAGUGGUACUUUGAGCGGAGCACGGGUCAUUUGCGGAUGGGCCAGUGGGUCUUGUUCUGGGCGGAUGCGGAGAAGAGGUUGAAGGUCGAGGAGAGUCUUCGGGGGAGUGCCGGUCUCUCUUUCAUCGAAGACUGGGAGCACGGUAGACUUGGGAAGUGGGCAGACACUAUCACCAAAAUUCCAUCAAGCUGGAAAUAA